UACGCCAAUUUGGAGCCGGAGAAAGGGAGGCCUGGGCAUUGCUGCUGUCAGGGGGAUCCUGCUGGCCCUUGGACGCUAUGGAAGCGCUGGAGGCGACCUGGGGCUUGCUGCGCCUCUUGCUGGCCGCGGCCUUCCUGGCCCUCGGCCUCUAUUGCUGCUACGUCAAAUACGUCCACCUGAAAUCCGAUCACAUCCCCGGUCCCCCGAGGGCGAGCUUUUUCCUUGGUCAUCUGCCAGUCGUUUGGAGAAUGUAUAAAAAGAAAGAACUGGCUUAUGAUCUUUUUCUGCGUUGGGCUGAGGAAUACGGACCAAUUGUUCGUGUUAACAUCUUCCACAGAAUUGCAGUACUGAUAUUAAGCCCUGAAGGAGUAAAGGAGUAUCUGAUGUUGCCACAAUACCCAAAGGACCGCAUUGUAUAUCGUGAUUUUAAGAAUAUGUUUGGUGUAAGAUUUUUAGGGAAUGGCUUGGUAACAGAUCUUGACUAUAACCACUGGCAUAAGCAGCGGAAAGUCAUGGAUCCAGCUUUCAGCCGAAGUUACCUGAUUGGCUUGAUGGAAACCUUCAAUGACAAAGCAGAGGAACUUAUGAAGGUGUUGGAAGAGAAAGCCGAUGGAGAGACAGAAGUAGAUAUGAUGAAUAUGCUGAAACGGGUCACUCUUGACAUCAUUGCAAAGGUAGCAUUUGGCUUAGAACUGAACACCCUCAACGAUGACCUGGCACCUUUCCCACAUGCUAUGUCUCGGAUCGCACAAGGAAUGGUUGAAGUGCGCAAACCUUUAUUCAAGUACAUCCCAGGGAACAGAAAAGUGGUGAAAGAGAUUCAAGAAAGUUUGAGACUGGUACGUCAUACUGGGAAGGAAUGUAUUGAGCAGAGGUGCAAGGCUAUUCAGAAUGGAGAGGAGACUCCUUUGGAUAUUCUCACUCAGAUCUUGAAGAAUGCAGCACAGGAGGGGGAUUGCGAUUAUGAGAGCAUGCUGGACAACUUCAUCACCUUCUUCUUUGCCGGUCAUGACACCACUGCAAAUCAGUUGACUUUUGCAAUCAUGGAGUUGGGACGGCAACCAGAAGUAAUGGCAAAACUUCUGGCUGAAGUAGAUGCGGUUGUUGGUGUAAAGAGAGACAUUAGCUAUGAAGAUCUGGGGAACCUCCAGUAUUUAUCACAGGUCCUCAAAGAAGUCCUGCGAUUGUAUCCACCAGUUCCAGGCACUGUACGCUGGACAGGAAAGGAAGGCGUCGUAGAAGGGGUCAGAAUUCCAGCAGGCACCACUGUAGUUUUCAAUACAUAUAUCAUGGGACGCAUGGAAAAGUUUUUCAAGGACCCACUGAUUUUCGAUCCUGACCGAUUUGGCAAAGAUCAACCCAAGCCUUACUAUUGCUAUUUCCCAUUUUCCUUGGGGCCACGUUCCUGCAUCGGGCAGAUAUUUUCACAGAUGGAGGCUAAAGUGGUGAUGGCCAAAUUUCUGCAGAGGUUUGAAUUCCAGCUGGUUCCACCACAGAGCUUUAAAGUUGUGGACAUGGGGACUUUAAGGCCAUUAGAUGGCCUGGUCUGCAGACUGAGGCCACGCAACCCUCUUGCUUUUGAAGAUUAGGCAGAACAUUGAUGAUGGGGUAACCUCCAUUUGAUUGUGGAAUUUCUACUGGACCGUGAAAUGCAUUUCAUAGACCAAUCAGGAUUGAAACUUCUCAUUCUGGAGUUUUGACCAAGGAUUUUACAGUCUGCUGAAGGUAUUAAAUUUUAAGGUGUACAGCA